AUGAGCCGAAUCACAGUAAUCAAAGACGAGGCCGAGUAUAGGGGCUUUUUUUCUGUGCCUUAUGAACGGUUUAUUGCUGUUGAAUUUACCAGAGGAAAACCGAGCUCCAAAAUGCUAGAUUGCUCCACACUUUACCACAAAGUCAUCUUCCUUCAGGUCGACGUGGAUGAGCAAUCUGGGAUUGCUCAAGGGGCUGGAGUGACCGCUGUACCAACUAUCCAUUUCUACAAGAACGACGAAAAGCUUAAUGAAGUCCCAAAUGCUGAUCCUAAGAAGCUUAAGGACACACUCUCUCAGCACUUCGGGUCGAAAAUACGCUAG